GCCAAAGCCAAGGCCGUUGCCACCUCCUCUGACAGCCCGCAGUGCUCGCCUGGCGGAAGCGCCACCAUGGGCUUUUCAUGGAAUGACAACAUCUCAAGCUGGAGUACUUUGGGCUCCAGUGUCAGUAGCGACCUAGACAUCCUGGUGAUGGUUUUGUACUUCCUCUUGGUCCUGGGCAUCAGGCUGUGGGCUAUCCUGUCAGGCAUUCGCGGGACAGUAGAAGACAUCUUCCUGGCUGGCCACAAUCUAGCAUGGUGGCAGAUAGGUGCUUCUCUUUUUGCCUCGAAUAUUGGCAGUAGCCACUUUAUGGACCUGGCUGGAAUAGGAGCAACUUCAGGGAUUGCUGUUGGGGCCUUUGAGUGGAACGCUCCAUUUCUGCUCUGUGUUCUUGGUUGGGUAUUUUCUCCUAUUUACAUUAAAGCUGGGGUGAUGACGAUGCCAGAAUAUUUGAGGAAGAGGUUUGGUGGCUUUCAGAUCCAGUGCCUCCUCGCUAUUCUGUACUUAUUCCUCUAUAUCUUCAAUAAGAUCUCGGUGGAGAUCUGUACUGGUGCCAUGUUCAUGAGACUGGUUUUGGGGUUAGAUGUCUACCUGGCCACCAUAGUCUGGCUGACAAUUACUGGCAUUUAUACCAUCACAGGUGGUUUUGCAGCUGUGGUUUAUACUGAUACCUUGCAUGCUGUUGUUAUGGUUCUGGGAUCACUCUUGUUAAUGGGCUUUGCCUUUCAGAAAGUGGGAGGAUACCAGGAGCUAUUGCAUAAAUACCCAGACAGUAGUAAGCCAAACCUAACCCAUGAAGGAAAUUGGACUGCCAAGCCGGAAUGUUUUAUUCCUCGCCUGGAUUUUUUCCAUAUCUUCCGAGAUCCCAUCACUGGAGACCUCCCAUGGCCUGGAGUCAUCUUUGGUGUCUCCACCCUCUCCUUAUACUACCGGUGCACUGAUCAGAUUUUUGUCCAGCGAUGCCUGGCAGGGAAGAACAUGUCUCACGUGAAAGGCGUCUGCGUCCUUUGUGGGUGUCUGAAGCUGCUGCCCAUGUUCAGCAUAGUGAGGCUGGGAAUGAUCAGCUGUGUCUUGUUCCCAGAUAAAGUGGCAUGUGUUGUACUUUCAAUAUGUGAGAAGUACUGUGGCAUCAGAACUGGGUGCAGCUCCAUCGCCUACCCUGUGCUAGUGUUAGAGCUGCUGCCCAAAGGCAUACGAGGCUUGAUGCUGUCCGCACUAUAGGCCUCUCUCAUGUCCUCCCUGACUUCUGUUUUCAACUGUGCCAGCGCCCUGUUCACAAUGGACAUCUAUAACCAGAUUCGGCCUCUGGCCACUGAAAAGGAGCUCAUGGUAACAGGAAGGUUUUUUGUUAUAAUAUUACUUGCUUUCAUCAUCAUCUGGGUCCACUUUAUACAAACAGAAUACAGUGAGCGACUGUUUGAAUACACACAUGCAGUUAUGAGUUACCUGACCCCACCCAUUGCUGCCAUCUUCCUGCUUGCCGUAUUUUGCAAGAGAGUCACUGAACAGGGUGCCUUCUGGGGGCUGAUUGGAGGACUUCUGAUUGGCUUCUCUCGAAUGUUGUCCGAGUUUGCCUAUGGACCCUGGAGCUGUGAGGCAAACAGCAAGUGCCCCCUGAUCAUCUGCAGCACGCACUACCUCUACUUUGCUGUAAUUCUCUUCAUAAUCAGUCUUUUCACCAUCCUGGGGGUCUCCUUAUUCACAGACCCGAUUCCGGAUAAACAUCUCCACCGGCUCUGUUGGAGUUUACGAGACAGCCAGCAGGAAAGGGUAGAUCUGGAUGAAGAAAUACAAGUGAAGAAACACACGCCCCAAGAACAGCCAGAUGUAUUCAAGGAGGCAAAGGGCUGCCUCUGGAAGGCCUGUGAUGUGUUCUGUGGACUGGAGCCACAGCCGGGCCCCAAACUGGCCCCAGAAGAGGUAGCCAAGGAGAGUAUAGGGCAUGCUACCAUAUAUGAAAAGAUAGAGUGCAUGUUGGAAGGGACAAAGUGUCAUGACAUGUCUGAAGGGACAGAGCACAGUGCCGCAUUGGAAGAGACAGAGUGCCAUGACACAUCUAAAGGGACAGAGCGCAAUGACAUGUUGGAAGGGACAGAGCGCAGUGACACCUGGGAAGGGACAACGUAUGCUGACAUGUCAGAGAUACGCUUCUGGAGAGAAAUUGCCAAUGCCAGCGGGUUCCUCUUGAUAUCAACCAUAGUCCUGUUGCACAUCUACUACUACUAA